GGAUGUAACAUGUUCAUCGAGGAAAGGAAGCUACAAAAGUACUUUAAUGUAUAUUUUGAGUUUUUAAAUUUUUCAUGUAACGAUUUAGAAACUCAUCUAAUUUGAUAACGUGACUUAGGCAAAUCAUUCAAAUCUUUUUGCGUUUCCUCUGCAAUGGCGAUUGUGGAGGUUAAAUGGGGUAACUGGCGUUGAAACGUUCCAGGCCCAUGAGCAGGACUCAAUGUUCCUUCCCUUCCCCUUUAGUGUAUGGCUCCUUACAUCUGGGGAAGAGUCCCACCAAAGAUCGAUUCCAAGCUUCGCUUCUUGGAUGAGCGAGGGAAACUAGGCGCUAACUUACCUAUUCACCCCCGCGCCCGUUCCCCGCAGCCGGGACUCAGGGAAGCCAGGCAGCCGCGAUGCUCUCAACUCCUUCCCCGCCCGCGCACUUCGAAUCCAAACUGCGCGGGGCGAGGCGGGGCGGCGCUCCGAUGACGUAGCUGGCUUGGGAGAGGAGUCCCUUGAGGCUGCCGCCAAGCCAGGGAAGCGGGAGGCGCAGGCCACGCCCGGCCACUCACAGACAGUGACGUCAUCCCCCUCCGCCACUCCAGCGCUUCCCAGGCCCUGCUCGCGAGUCCCCACCCCGAUUGCGCACCCGCGACUUCAGCCCGAGGGGCGGGGAUUUUCUUGGAGCGACGGGACGCGACGCCAAUCGCGACGAGGCUUCGCCCCGUGGCGCGGUUUGAAAAUUUGCGGGGCUCAACGGCUCGCGGAGCGGCUACGUGGAGUGACAUCGCCGGUGUUUGCGGGUGGUUGUUGCUCUCGGGGCCGUGUGGAGUAGGUCUGGACCUGGACUCACGGCUGCUUGGAGCGUCCGCCAUGAGAAGAAGUGAGGUGCUGGCGGAGGAGUCCAUAGUAUGUCUGCAGAAAGCCCUAAAUCACCUUCGGGAAAUAUGGGAGCUAAUUGGGAUUCCAGAGGACCAGCGGUUACAAAGAACUGAGGUGGUAAAGAAGCAUAUCAAGGAACUCCUGGAUAUGAUGAUUGCUGAAGAGGAAAGCCUGAAGGAAAGACUCAUCAAAAGCAUAUCCGUCUGUCAGAAAGAGCUGAACACUCUGUGCAGCGAGUUACAUGUUGAGCCAUUUCAGGAAGAAGGAGAGACAACCAUCUUGCAACUAGAAAAAGAUUUGCGCACCCAAGUGGAAUUGAUGCGAAAACAGAAAAAGGAGAGAAAACAGGAACUGAAGCUACUUCAAGAGCAAGAUCAAGAACUGUGCGAAAUUCUUUGUAUGCCCCACUAUGAUAUUGACAGUGCCUCAGUGCCCAGCUUAGAAGAGCUGAACCAGUUCAGGCAACAUGUGACAACUUUGAGGGAAACAAAGGCUUCUAGGCGUGAGGAGUUUGUCAGUAUAAAGAGACAGAUCAUACUGUGUAUGGAAGAAUUAGACCACACCCCAGACACAAGCUUUGAAAGAGAUGUGGUGUGUGAAGACGAAGAUGCCUUUUGUUUGUCUUUGGAGAAUAUUGCAACACUACAAAAGUUGCUACGGCAGCUGGAAAUGCAGAAAUCACAAAAUGAAGCAGUGUGUGAGGGGCUGCGUACUCAAAUCCGAGAGCUCUGGGACAGGUUGCAAAUACCUGAAGAAGAAAGAGAAGCUGUGGCCACCAUUAUGUCUGGGUCAAAGGCCAAGGUCCGGAAAGCGCUGCAAUUAGAAGUGGAUCGGUUGGAAGAACUGAAAAUGCAAAACAUGAAGAAAGUGAUUGAGGCAAUUCGAGUGGAGCUGGUUCAGUACUGGGACCAGUGCUUUUACAGCCAGGAGCAGAGACAAGCUUUUGCCCCUUUCUGUGCUGAGGACUACACAGAAAGUCUGCUCCAGCUCCACGAUGCUGAGAUUGUGCGGUUAAAAAACUACUAUGAAGUUCACAAGGAACUCUUUGAAGGUGUCCAGAAGUGGGAAGAAACCUGGAGGCUUUUCUUAGAGUUUGAGAGAAAAGCUUCAGAUCCAAAUCGAUUUACAAACCGAGGAGGAAAUCUUCUAAAAGAAGAAAAACAACGAGCCAAGCUCCAGAAAAUGCUGCCCAAGCUGGAAGAAGAGUUGAAGGCACGAAUUGAAUUGUGGGAACAGGAACAUUCAAAGGCAUUUAUGGUGAAUGGGCAGAAAUUCAUGGAGUAUGUGGCAGAACAAUGGGAGAUGCAUCGAUUGGAGAAAGAGAGAGCCAAGCAGGAAAGACAACUCAAGAACAAAAAACAGACAGAGACAGAGAUGCUGUAUGGCAGCGCUCCUCGAACACCCAGCAAGCGGCGAGGACUGGCUCCCAAUACACCGGGCAAAGCACGUAAGCUGAACACUACCACCAUGUCCAAUGCUACGGCCAAUAGUAGCAUUCGGCCUAUCUUUGGAGGGACAGUGUACCACUCCCCCGUGUCUCGACUUCCUCCUUCUGGCAGCAAGCCAGUCACUGCUUCUACCUGUUCAGGGAAGAAAACACCCCGUACUGGCAGGCAUGGAGCCAACAAGGAGAACCUGGAGCUCAACGGCAGCAUCCUGAGUGGUGGGUACCCUGGCUCGGCCCCCCUCCAGCGCAACUUCAGCAUUAAUUCUGUUGCCAGCACCUAUUCUGAGUUUGCGAAGGAUCCGUCCCUCUCUGACAGUUCCACUGUUGGGCCUCAGCGAGAACUUUCAAAGGCUUCCAAAUCUGAUGCUACUUCUGGAAUCCUCAAUUCAACCAACAUCCAGUCCUGAGAAGCCCUGAUCAGUCAACCAGCUGUGGCUUCCUGUGCCUAGACUGGACCUAAUUAUAUGGGGGUGACUUUAGUUUUUCUUCAGCUUAGGCGUGCGUGAAACCUUGGCCAGGUUCCAUGACCAUGGGCCUAACUUAAAGAUGUGAAUGAGUGUUACAGUUGAAAGUCCAUCACAGGUUUAGUGGUCCUAGGAGACUUGGUUUUGACUUAUAUACGUGAAAAGUUUAUGGCAAGAAGUGCAAAUUUUAGCAUAUGGGGCCUGACUUCUCUACCACGUAAUUCUACUUGCUGAAGCGUGAUCAAAGCUUGUUUUAUUUCACCACUGUAGGAAAAUGAUUGACUAUGCCCAUCCCUGGGGGUAAUUUUGGCAUGUAUACCUGUAACUAGUAAUUAACAUCUUUUUUGUUUAGGCAUGUUCAAUUAAUGCUGUAGCUAUCAUAGCUUUGCUCUCACCUGAAGCCUUGUCCCCACCACACAGGACAGCCUUCCUCCUGAAGAGAAUGUCUGUGUGUGUCCGAAGUUGAGAUGGCCUGCCCUACUGCCAAAGAGGUGACAGGAAGGCUGGGAGCUGCUUUGUUAAAUUGUGUUCAGUUCUGUUACACAGUGCAAUGCCCUUUGUUGGGGGUAUGCAUGUAUGAACACACAUGCUUGUCGGAACGCUUUCUCGGCGUUUGUCCCUGGCUCUCAUCUCCCCCAUUCCUGUGCCUACUUUGCCUGAGUUCUUCUUCUACCCCCGCAGUUGCCAGCCACAUUGGGAGUCUGUUUGUUCCAAUGGGUUGGGCUGUCUUUGUCGUGGAGAUCUGGAACUUUGCACAUGUCACUACUGGGGAGGUGUUCCUGCUCUAGCUUCCACGAUGAAGCGCCCUCUUUACCUAUCCUCUCAAUCACUACUCUUCUUGAAGCACUAUUAUUUAUUCUUCCUCUGUCUGCCUGCAGCAGUACUACUGUCAACAUAGUGUAAAUGGUUCUCAAAAGCUUACCAGUGUGGACUUGGUGUUAGCCACGCUGUUUACUCAUACAGUACGUGUCCUGUUUUUAAAAUAUACAAUUAUUCUUAAAAAUAAAUUAAAAUCUGUAUACUUACAUUUCAAAAA